AUGGAAGCCGGUGUUGCUGUUGUUGGCGCCUACCUCGUGCGAUCAUGGUUGUUCUCAGGUCACAAAGAGAACACGGAGGACUUAAGGUCAGAGCUUAGUGACGCAUUGAGGAGUCCUGGUUACUUCCAGCAGUUUGUCCAAGGGCUUGUACCGCACAGGGUUCCGUCAGACGCCUUGGAAUUGAUCGAGGCUGUGGUACGAGAGGUGCUUGGAGGCCAGGCUUGCCUCAAGCUCGAGGGCUCGGCCAAGAAGCACACCAACAUCACAGGAUCAGACCACGACUACCACAUCAGAGUACCAGAUGGUUGGUUUAGUUCCGCCGAGCCUGUAACCCGCAACCAGAUGGAGCAGAUUCGCGACAUCCUCAAUGCGAAUUCUCAGUGGGAGUGGGGCAAACUGGAGGCCGACAUGGGACCCACAGCCCUCAAGGUUCGGUACCAGGCAACAUCUGCGGCUCGAUUGACAUCGUGCCUUUCAGGGGCGACUACUUUGACAGGCGUGUAG